AUGGAAUGUGGAAAAAUGCGACCAAUCUAUGAGCUCAUAUACUACUUGUCUAUAGGUACCCAUCCUACAGUAGAAGAUGGUACCCAUCCUACAGUAGAAGAUGGUAUAGUUGAUAGAAUGGGAUGUCUAGGUACCCAUCCUACAGUAGAAGAUGGUAUAGUUGAUAGAAUGGGAUGUUUUAGUAUGUUUUAUCAUGUUGUCUAUAGGUACCCAUCCUACAGUAGAAGAUGGUAUAUAGUUGAUAGAAUGGGAUGUUUUAGUACCCAUCCUACAGUAGAAGAUGGUAUAGUUGAUAGAAUAGGAUGUGUAAGUAUGUUUUCAUCCAGAUGUAAAUUCGAGUAUCUGAUAAAGAUUAAGAACUGUUCUGACUAUAUGAUUUAUAAUCUAAAGAGAACUCUUAGUAGUGAUGAACGAUUCUUCGAAUCUGUGUUGUUCGUGUUUUAG